UAUAUCUUUUAAUAUAAUAAAAGAGUUUAUUAUCCUAGUUAAAAAUAUAGAGAAACUUAAAAAGGCUUAA